CAUUAUGUACCAAUCUGAGAUCUUCCUUUGUUAUAAAAUUUCAAUAACAUCCGAAUCUCAUCUACCACGGAACUGACGUUCAGAGAGAUUUAAAUGUAGUUUAAAUUCAACAAAGAAAAGAAAUCUAUUUCAAAGAUCACUCAGGUAAAAUCAUAUUGAGAUGCUAUUGAAGUGUACGCGAUUCAUUGAAAGCAAUGAAUAAAAAAAUCAGUGAAUUCACUAGCGUCUCCUAUAGCAAUACCUCAAAACAGAUCCAUUCUUCGCGCAAGGAAAUAAAAGAAAAAGGCAGUAAGAGUCGCGAAGACGGUUUAAUUACAAAAUCGAUGUAACGGAUAUUAGCAAGAGACAAGAAUUCAGCAUGGCCAAGACAGGACGCGGAGACAUAAAAGUGAAUGAGAGAUUCUUGACGUGUGGUCUGUGCAGCCAGUGGUUCACUCAGCCCCGGACCUUACCCUGCCUCCAUUCCUACUGCGAGAACUGUCUGUCCAAGCACAUUCAUGACUACAUUGCCAAGUCCAGCGUCAAAAAAGGGAGUCAAACCGCCCACCCGACGGAGUAUGUGUGUCCCACGUGUAACAAGGCCAUCGAUGUGUCCAAGUUCUCCUCGCAGUCCGCCAAGAACUGGACUACCAAGUUUCCCCUCAACACGUUCCUUAUGGAUCUACUGGAUGUGGAACUCCUGAUGAGGGGCGAGAAAACUUGUGGCCCGUGUACACGUAAUGGCGACCGAUCGGACGUGGUUUCCUGGUGCAAAGAAUGCCGGGACGGGCUCUGCAAGAACUGCUCCAAGGUUCAUCGUGGAAUGCGUGUCUCCAUGGACCACACAGUGCUUAGCAAGGAAGAAUUCAUGAAGCACGUUUCUCUGCUACAGGAACAACAAGAGCCGUGUCAGAAACAUCCGGGCAAGACACUGGACAUGUACUGUAUGACGGACAGGGAACUUUGUUGUCCGAACUGUGUGGCGGAAGAACACAGACGCUGUGACCGAGUUGUGUCCGUGAUGGACGCGGUCAAGCAGAGCCGUCUGGACAAAACGCCGGAGUUCCUAAAGAAAAAUCUGGAGGAAUACAACGAGCACAUAGAGAAGGUCAUCGCAUCCAGAACCAACAAGUUGCUAAGUCUGGACGAACAGAAAACCAAGCUUAUUGACGAGUUUGCUCAAAUUCGCAUUAACGUCAUAAAUAUUCUGGACAAGAUGGAGAAAGCUAUCAAGAAGGAGCUGUCUGAUAUACAUUCUGGGGAAACCAAGGCAAUGGAGAAAGAGGUGAGCAAGUCUAGAAAGAUUCAGUCUGCAGUCACCAAUGCGCACGAAUUGCUGAACGUUACUGAAAACCAUGGGUCCGACUCCAACCUCAUGAAAACCAUUGAGGAGGUCAAGAGGGAAUGCCUGUGGUACGAAGAAGAGAUGGGUAAACUGAGGAGCAAAAUUCAAGACUGUGAGUACGUUUUCGAAAUUGACGAGCAUAUAGAAACAUUGCUCAACAAAGUGAAGAAGUACGGAGAUUUGAAAGUCCGCCACUCGCCCUCAAAACUGCAACCCUUCCCCAACACCGUGACGAUUGAAAAGUCGAUCGAGCAGGGGAAACAAUUCAAGUCUACCCUGUCUUUGAAAGGGCGAAAAGCAGAACUCGCGAAAGCAUUUGAUGCCAAAAUGGAAGAUGACAUUAAAGACUGUUGGUACACUGGGGCCGCAUUCCUUAGCGAUGGAAGAUUUGUACUAGUGGAUCGUUCUAAUCGAAAACUGAAGCUAUUCAGCAAGAACUACCGGCUUCUAAACAGCAUCUUUUUCACAACGAAACCUUGGGACGUGACAGUUGUUGGGGAGAACGAGAUCGCCGUGACACUUCCGGAGGAGCACGGGAUACAGCUUCUGACCACGGGGGACUCCAUUAAAAUGUCAGACUACUUUACCACGGAGGAAGCUUGCUUCGGAAUCAAACACGUGCGAGGGAAGUUCUUCGCUCUUUGCUACGACGGAAAGCCUCCGGCAUUGAAAGUUAUUUCUUCAGACGGAAGGGAACUUGCAGCCAUUGGAGUUGAUGACGACGGAUCUCCGUUAUUUUCACGGCCGAUAUAUGUGACGUCAAAUAACGCCGGUACCGUGAUCUUCGUGUCAGACGAACGCCGAGGUUGUAUCACGUGUCUUACGGAAACUUCCGAGCACUGCUACACCUAUUCCACAAUAGAUCUCAGCCAUGUUGCAGGAAUAACGCUGGAUCGUGAAGGCAACCUCUAUGUUUGCAGGAACCAUGCAAAAAGCGUGCAAGUUGUAACACCCGAGGGAGACCGCAUAAAGACCAUCGUGUCACGAGAGGAAAUUACGUAUCCACGUGCUAUUGCAUACGACGAGAAAGAGGAUCGUCUGCUGAUAACUCAGGGGGACAAGAGCGUAGUCAAAAUAUUUCAGUUUGAGUAACAUUCAUUAUAGAAAACUUAUUUCUAUCACAUAAUCAUUCUCAUGAAACAUGUUAUAUUUGCCAAACCUGCUUAUAGUUAUUCUUCAUCAAUGCCGUAAAAUAUUCAAUAUACAUUGUAUGCAU